CCAAAUUGAGGGAAAAAGAGUGGAUCAACACUUGGGACAGAGAGAAUUCAUUUAUUUAAUUAAAAAGGCAAAGUAAUUAAAGGUGCACGAUAAAUUAACGAACAGGGGAUUAAUUGUGUUGAUAAUCGACUGAAGGGAAAAUGUCGGGGGGAAUGUUGUACGGUGGUGAUGAGAUUGGAGCCCUGGUGUUCGACCUGGGGCACCACUCGUUGCGAGUGGGCUAUGCCCAGGAGGACACACCAAAGGCGGAAAUUCCAGCUGUCGUUGGAAUCGGUGAGGACACGAAUGGCGGGAGCAACAAGGGGGAGCCCAUGGAUGUGGAUGAUAAGAAGCCGGACAGUAACAUAACGCAGUCCAAGCCGAAGUACUACAUCGACACGACGAUUCUUCAUGUGCCUAGACCAGGCAUGGAGGUGGUCUCGUACAUGAAAGACGGUAUGAUCGAGGACUGGGAUCACUUCGAGAAGGUCCUGGACUACACCUACUCAAAAGUCAUUCAGUCUGACGCUGAGUACCACCCAGUCCUCUUCUCCGAGUCCCCCUGGAACAUUCGCAGCAAGCGAGAGAGGCUCACAGAGCUCAUGUUCGAGAAGUACAAUGUUCCUGCGUACUUUCUUGUGAAGAAUGCAGUGCUCGCGGCUUUUGCCAACGGCAGAGCCACUGGAAUCGUCGUGGACUCUGGGGCAACUCACACAUCAGCUGUUCCCGUUCAGGACGGUUUCGUCCUGACCCAGGCAAUUGUCAAGUCACCCCUGGGGGGCGAUUACAUCAGCAUGCAGUGCCGGCAGUAUCUUCAGGAGAACGACAUCGAUCUGUCACCUGCGUACAUGGUGGGGAGCAAGGAGAUCGUCAAGGAUCACGAGAAGCCCAGGUGGACUCCCAAGAAGGGAAUUCCAGAGGUCACCAAGUCAUGGCACAAUUACAUGGUGAAAAAACUCAUUCAGGACUUCCAGGCGACUGUUCUACAGAUCUCUGAGACACCUUAUGACGAGAAAAUCGUGUCCACUAUUCCUGCGGUUCAGUAUGAAUUCCCAACGGGGUACCAUCAGGAUUUCUCGACCGAGAGAUUCAGGAUACCAGAGGCCCUGUUCGACCCCAGUGUCGUUCAGAUGAGAGGAGGCCUGGUGGGUAACACGAUGCUGGGCUGUGGACACAUCGUCACCACGAGUGUUGGCAUGUGCGACGUCGACGUGAGACCUGCGUUGUAUGGAAGUGUCGUCGUCACUGGAGGAAAUUCCUUCAUUCAGGGAUUCCCAGAACGCCUCAACCGUGAUUUAUCGAUGAGGAUUCCCUCCAGCAUGAGAUUAAAACUCAUCAGUGCUAAUGGCUGUGCUGAGAGGAGAUUCGGCGCCUGGAUAGGAGGAUCGAUCCUCGCCUCCAUAGGGACUUUCCAGCAGAUGUGGAUAUCCAAUCAGGAGUACGAAGAGAGUGGGAAGAGCCAAGUAGAAAGAAAAUGCCCUUAAACCCUCAGAACUCCCCAGUAAUAAUUCUUUCAUUCACCUUCUUGCAGUGAAGUGUCAAAUUCCCUCCAAUCUAACAUUCGUCGUGGAAAAACAUGGACUUAUCUCGAUAACGAGUGGUUUUAGAGUAAAAUGUGAAAAAACAUUUUCUAUAGAGAAUUAAAUUUCCUACGAAAAAGGUGGAGACACAUUUUCUUCUAAAUCCAACGGUUUCCGAGAUAAUGAGGAAGUUGGAGGGAUUGAAUUGGAAAAAAGCAUGCUACUGUGACUUUUUAUUUUAAAUACCGAAUUCCCUCCGUAAUGAGUGGUUUCAGAGGCAAAUGUCGGUGAACAUUUUUUGUAGAGAAUUAAAUUUCGCACAAAAAAGGUCUGGAUGUUUUGUCUCCUAGAUCCAAUGGUUUCUGAGGUACUUUCACAUUCAAAUAUUUUUUUCACUUCACUGCACAUCAAUUUUUCACUCAAAAAAAUCGAACAGGUUCCCAAGAUAAUUAUUAACAGCGGAACAUUCACUUCAGAUCAGGUGGCAUAGGAAUCGUGUAAAGACGUGUUUUGUAAAAUAUAAAAGGAAAUCGUAACAGUA